AUGGCAGAGGAGGUGUGGGUGGGCAGCUGGAGGCCCCACCGCCCCCGGGGGCCCAUCAUGGCCCUCUACAGCAGCCCUGGGCCCAAGUACCUGAUUCCACCCACCACAGGCUUCACGAAGCACGCCCCCACUAAGUUGCGAGCACCGGCCUACAGCUUCCGCGGGGCCCCCAUGCUCCUGGCAGAGAAUUGCUCCCCAGGGCCCCGCUACAGCGUGAACCCAAAGAUACUGAGGACCGGCAAGGAUCUGGGCCCCGCCUACUCCAUCCUUGGGCGCUACCACACCAAGACCACGCUGACCCCUGGUCCCGGCGAUUACUUUCCGGAGAAAUCCACCAAGCAUGUGUUCGACUUAGCGCCCAGCCACUCCAUCUCGGCCCGGACCAAGACGUUCCGGGUGGACAGCACCCCAGGCCCCGCUGCCUACGCGCUGCCGGUGGUGAUGGGGCCACACACGGUUGGCAAGGUCUCGCAGCCCUCCUUCUCCAUCAAAGGCCGCAGCAAGCUGGGCAGCUUCAGCGACGACCUGCACAAGGCAAGUACCCCAGGUCCUGCGGCCUACCGACAGACCGACGUGCAGAUGACCAAGUUCAAGGCACCGCAGUACACCAUGGCCGCCCGUGUGGAGCCCCCGGGAGACAAGACCCUCAAGCCAGGGCCAGGAGCCCACAGCCCAGAGAAGGUGACGGUGACCAGGCCCUGCGCGCCCGUCGUCACCUUUGGCAUCAAGCACUCCGACUACAUGACGCCUCUGGUGGUGGACGUGGAGUAG